AUGGGUUCCGCAGAGGCACGCCGUUACCGCGAAGACUUCGAUUCUAUUUAUCCCGAAUACCUGGCUCUUUAUCACUCCGAGGCUUGGCAACGGGUAAUCUGCCUGCGAGACGAGCUCGCAUUUCUAGUUAUGAGUUCUGAAGAAACGGACUCCUCGAAGCAGUCUCGAGCCAUUCAAGUAGUGGCUGAGCUCGAAGAAUGUCUUUCUCAAGUUAGGGGCCAUGCAACUGAUUCAGGACAGCGGCGCGAUGAGCUUCGGCUUGCAGUCUAUGACUUUAAGCUACGCCUGAUAAAAUCCCGUCUUCAAGAAUGGUUUUCCAAUCAGCGUCCCCAUGCUGACAAGCUAUUGCAACCAAUAUCUACAGCGUCAAUUUCGACACUACAAACUGCUAAUCCAGGCCCGAUUAAAACAUCUACCAACUUCUCCAAGUCAAGGAAGCCUGAUAUUUUGUCGACUCGGGUGGAAAAACGCCGCAGAACCACGCAAAUAGCUCCAACUGUCGUCGAUAAACCUAGCAGCAAUUCCAAGGAAUUAGUCCAUAGUCCAUCUCACACAUCGGCUUCUAUUCUCCCUGCAUUAUCACGGCAGUAUUCUAUGGUCAAAUAA